AUGGAGCAGACGCUAGGAUUCCAAGUUGACGGACAAAACUACAUCUGCCGACGGCUGAAAAGCCUGUACGGCUUGGAGCAGGCGCCUAACCUCUGGAACAAGACACUACAUGCAAAGGUAACCUACGGCAAAGCUGCAUCAAGUGCAGUCUGCCAGUGUCCAGUGCCCAUUCCAGAGACACCGUCCACUGGCAGUGUCCUACCAUCCUACAUGCUAUCCUACGCCUCGUUGCUGGCACACGACUUCACGGCCGCUGGCUCCAUCUACUACGAUACGAUGCACCUGUCUGAGUUCAUGAGGCUGUACAGCAGACGACGUUGCGAGAAUGAGUACACCGAGUUCAAGAGUGAGUUUAGUGGUGUGGUGUACAUGGCCGAGAAGCAGUCAUCGAGUGCUGACAAGGAGAUGAACCUCGUGCACCAGAUUCCUGGUGUCUAG